CUCUCCUCCCACAGGGGGCGGGGAGGGAAGAUGGCGUCGCCCAGUAGCUGGUGAGGAGAGGGGACACGGGGAUCCCGGAGAGCCGCCAGACUCGCGCGCUAUGGCCGCGUCCCCGCACACUCUCUCCUCACGCCUCCUGACAGGUUGGGUAGGAGGAUGUAUCUGGCAUCUUGAAGGAAGAGCUAUCCAGGAAUCCCCUCACAAGUUCAUACAUCUUUUCAGGAAUGUCAACAAGCAAUGGAUUACAUUUCAGCACUUUAACUUCCUCAAACGCAUGUAUGUCACACAACUGAACAGAAGCCUCAACCAGCAAGUAAAACCUAAGCCAGAGCCAGUGGCAUCUCCUUUCCUUGAAAAAACAUCUUCAGGUCAAACAAAAUUAGAAAUAUAUGAAAUGAAACCUCUUUCAUCCCCUAGUCUGCCUUUGUCCAGAAAGCCGAAUGAAAAGGAAUUUAUGGAACUAGAGUCUGCCUCAAUAAUUGAAGGUUCAUUAGAUGUUGGAAAAGAGAAAAAAGGUGAAAAGCAGUGGAAAGAGAUGAAGCUGCAGGUAGCUGAUUUACCAGGAAUUUUGGCUCGACUGUCCAAAAUCAAACUCACAGCUCUGGUAGUAAGUACCACUGCGGCUGGAUUUGCAGUGGCCCCAGGACCUUUUGACUGGCCCUGUUUCCUGCUGGCCUCUGUUGGGACGGGCCUUGCAUCCUGUGCCGCCAACUCCAUCAAUCAGUUUUUUGAAGUGCCAUUUGACUCAAACAUGAAUAGGACAAAGAACAGACCUCUGGUUCGUGGACAGAUCAGCCCGCUGCUGGCUGUGUCCUUUGCCACUUGUUGUGCUGUCCCAGGAGUUGCCCUUCUGACCUGGGGGGUAAAUCCACUCACAGGAGCCCUGGGAGUCUUCAACAUUUUCCUGUAUACCUGCUGUUAUACACCACUGAAGAGGAUCAGCAUUGCCAAUACGUGGGUCGGAGCCGUGGUUGGGGCCAUCCCGCCUGUCAUGGGCUGGACAGCGGCCACGGGCAGCCUGGAUGCUGGCGCGUUUCUUCUGGGAGGAAUCCUGUACUCCUGGCAGUUCCCGCACUUCAACGCCCUGAGCUGGGGCCUGCGCGAGGACUACUCCCGCGGCGGCUACUGCAUGAUGUCGGUCACCCACCCGGCGCUGUGCCGGCGCGUGGCGCUGCGCCACUGCCUGGCCCUGGGCGCGCUGUCGGCCGCCGCGCCGCUGCUGCACGUGACCACGUGGACCUUCCCGCUCGUCGCGCUGCCGCUCAACCUGUACAUCGCCUACCUCGGCUUCCGCUUCUACGCGGACGCGGACCGCGCCAGCUCGCGGAGACUGUUCUUCUGCAGCCUGUGGCACCUGCCGCUGCUGCUGCUGCUCAUGCUGACCUGCAAGCGCGGGAGCGCGCCCCCGCCAGCCCACGGCGCCGGGCACGCGCGCGCGGCGGGGCAGGGAGCGGCGGCUCUAGAGCCGGAAACAGACGUCGCUGGUUUUAGUACAAGGUGGUAGAGUAAUUCGGUGCUGUGAUGACGGGACAAUUGUUUUUAACAAUACCCAAAAUACUCCCCAAAUAAGAGAUGGGCUGGCUCAAUUGAUAAAUACAAAGACUGGUUUUUUUUGUUUGAGGGCUUUUUUUGUUUUUUGGUUUUUUGUUUGUUUGUUUGAGACAGUCUCACUCUGUUGCCCGGGCUAGAGUGCCGUGGCGUCAGCCUAGCUCACAGCAACCUCUGUUUGAGGGUUUUUAUACGUCUCUUUCUCCAACCAGCCCUCUCUUUCCCCCGUUUUCCUCUUGUGGAUGUACAUGUGCACACCUCCCCCCCACCUGCCAGCCAGAGUGGCAGUGGGUGGCCCACACGGGGAGCGCUGGUGAUCUGGUGCCUGUAGCCUGUGUGCUCAGGUCCCGACGGGCCUGGUCCCGGGAAAUGCACGCGUGGCCCAGGCCCCUCCCCUGUGAGUGGGCCGGGCCCCCAGCCGGCUCUCCCGCCCCGCCUGUUCUCAGCCGCUCACUCGUUCCCUCAAGCAGCAGUGAACUGCCCGGGGUGGCUGCCACAGGCGCUGGGGAGGGAGAUGUCAGAUGGCUGCCUGGGAGGUCUCAGACUGGACUGCCAGCCCCUUCCGCCUCCACCCCCAAUACCCGUCAGCAUUUCCAAACCAGGGAAUCCAAGGCACCUUUGCAGUUCACUUGAAACUACAAGUGCUGUCUGAAGCAUUUCUUUCUGGAAGGGUAGCCCUAGACUUAAUACCAGAAGUCCCUCCGGCUGCGAAGCCAUUACUGUACCUCUUCGUCACUACUGUAGCUCGCCAGCUCCUUCACUGCAGCGUUCUCUGGGCUGCACGAGAAGGGGUUAGAAACAAGUGCGCUGGGCGGGCCCACGGCGCUCCCGUUCUCAUCCCUUUAGUGAAACACACAUUUCCAUCCUGGUUCAGAAAUUAGCCUGCACACAUCCAGUGGCUUUAAAAGGCAGAAGCAUGGUUCUGGGAGUCUUGUGAAUUGCCCUGUAGCCAGGUGUGGCCUCGGGUACCAACCACAGUUAGUCACCUGUAGCUCUUUAAGUCCUUAGUACUGCCACAGGUUCAUGUGGAGUCCCAUGUGCCCAACAUCUUGCAGCUGGACGGGAUGUUUUAAUUACUCCAUCUCCCAGAGCACUGCUGCUCUGUAGGGAUUCAUUCAAGGGUUUAAGCAGCAUUUAAGCACUUGUGGCAAUAUGCCUAUUCUCACAAAAAUUUCUAAAGUCAUUGCAGAUAGCAUCUGAUCCAUCUGAAAUCUCCCUCCUUAGCUGUCCCCAGGUAAUUCACUGAAGGGAACAUGGCAUAGGAAUGUCUGGAGAAAGCAUCUACAACUUGUUCCAGCCUUCAAAGUUGUAAAAUGUGUUGAUUCUGUUUUCCUCCUACAAUAAAAGAGUAUGGAAGGAGUUU